AUGUCUGGAAACGCGCAGAAAAAAGCGGCGAGUCGCUCGAUGGCCACCAAGAAGCUUAUUAUCGAUGAAUUCAAACGACGCCUCAGGGACAAUAUCAAAUCGCUCAACGACAAUUUUUAUCAUAUCAUUCAGGCGGCAAAGGUCAACCCCGACGACAACGCGUUCAAAAACCAGACGGGAAAGAUGACCGAAUUCUACACCAUCAAAAAUGAAAUGGCCGUUAGAGCGCAGUUGAUGGUUCGCGCCUCCGACGAGCUCCUCCGACUGACCACCGAUCUCAAGGAGUUCCUCAUUCUUCACGAUUUCCACUUUUUGACCCAUAAUAUUAAGCAAGCCGAAUCCCAAUGCGAAGACACCCUUCGCCAACAAUCCCAUCUUCAUCAGGCUCUCGACACGGACGUCAGCAACAUGUUGUUCGCGUUGGAGGAGGAAAUCGCCGACAAUUUCUUUCUUGGACACUAA